UCACCACUCCAUAAAAGGGCAGGCUCAUGUAAUUACUCUUAAAAACAAUGUGCAAAGGGGAACUUUCAGAGUUACUCUACAUUGCCACGUACAAUUACUGCACAGAGGAUCUAAAAAGCCAUUGAUAUGUGCAACGGCAGCUUUACUUUGGCACUGUAGUGCCACAGUGUGGAUACUUCCUAUGGUGAAAGAAGGAAUUUCCAUCACUAGCUAUGACUUUUGCUACAGAUGGAUCAGUUGUGAAAAUGGUCACCAUCAUCACACCUUUUACAACUCUGCAGACAAACACCUGCGACUUGUAUGAACAUCAAAAUACAGCAAGGAUUUUACUGCCGGUGUUUUACAUCUUUAUUUUAAUUUUUGGUGUGCUUGGAAAUGGACUUGCCCUUGUUGUCAUUUAUAAAAACAGAAGAAAAAUUAACUCUACCACCCUCUAUUCCACAAAUCUUGUGCUCUCAGACCUUCUUUUUACUACUGCCCUGCCUACACGAAUAAUUUACUAUGCAUUAGGAUUUCAUUGGCCAUUUGGAGAAAUAUUUUGCAGACUAACUGCUCUCAUAUUUUACAUCAAUACAUAUGCAGGUGUAAACUUUAUGACUUGUUUGAGUAUUGACAGGUUUUUUGCUGUAGUCCACCCUUUCCGAUACCACAAAAUGAGAAGAAUUGAACAUGCCAAGUAUAUUUGCAUAUUUGUCUGGUGUCUUGUAUUUAGCCAAACACUUCCAUUGCUUAUACAUUCCAUGUCAAAUGAGGAGACCGAAAGGACUACAUGCAUGGAAUAUCCAAACUUUGAAAAAAUUGAGCAUCUACCAUGGAUACUUCUUGGUGCCUGUUUAAUAGGGUACAUCAUUCCUCUUGGAAUUAUACUAUUUUGUUAUUCACAAAUUAGUUGCAAACUUUUUCAAACUGCUAAGGAAAACCCAUUAACUGAAAAAUCAGGGAUAAACAAAAAGGCCAUCAACAUAAUUAUUUUUGUAAUUGUUGCAUUUGUCAUCUGUUUUACUCCAUAUCACAUUGCAAUUAUCCAACACAUGGUCAAGAAGCUUCAAUAUAAUCCUUUGUGCGGUGAGCAGCAAACUUUUCAGAAGUCUCUCCAUUACACUGUGUUUCUAAUGAAUUUUAACUGCUGCAUGGAUCCUUUCAUCUAUUUCUUUGCAUGUAAAGGAUACAAGAGGAGGGUAAUGAAAAUACUAAAACGUCAAGUUAGUGUAUCAGUUUCAAGUGCUGUUAGAUCAGCUCAUGAAGAAAGUUCACGUGAGAUGGUAGAAACAAACAUGACUAUACUUCAAAAACCUUCAAAUGGAAAGUUAUAAACUGAAAAUAAACAUUCCAAUAAUGCAAGUUUUAAAAAUACUAGGCCUGCAGUAAAUACUAUUUAUGCUUCCUAUGCAACAAUUUAAAUAACAAUUAUUUCACCAUCUCUUAGGAAACCACAGGUGAUGCUGGACUUUAAAAAAUGGUCAUAUGAAAGCAAGAAAUCUCAAAAUUAGUAUUUUCCAUCCAAGCUGAAUCAUUUUGAUCUGGCUUCAUGAAUUUUCCAGGAGAUUUCUGUCACUGACUAUGUCCUACACCUUCCCUUUCCUGGAUUUUAGGAAAACUUGAUUCACACUAUAUACUAGUGAUGUGAGAAAAGAACAAUCUAAAAAAACAGCUAAUAGCUCAGAGUGACUGAACGCCAACACAUCUACAAUGGGUAAACAUCUGAUUGAGCUACAAUUUAAGCUCUCUUGACUAAUAUGGUGUGCUAUGUGCAAUGGACUAACAAAGCACAAAUGAAAUAACUUUUGAAGGAAAAUAAAAUGUAUAUUUUUCAUGGAUAAUUAUAAAUCUGUACUUUAGAACUUUUAGAAGGCAAGGUUGGAUUACAGUACUCAAAAUAUGGAUAGUUUAUCUAAAUGUGUCAUGGAUAACGUUGUGAGAUUGCUUGUGAAAAAGUUUGUAAAAUUUUGAAUGUGUAAGUAAAUUUAAAGAACAAAGAGAACAUUGUUACCCACAAUUAUUCAAAUGUCUUCAAGAUUCCUGCUAAGGUCACAGGUUGCAAUAAAAUAACAAUAAGAUGAAAGAUUCUAGAAAUGGAAAGAAAUGUUUAUAGAUGAAAUCACCAAAAUGUAUUAAACGAUUAAUUUUAAUGUCCUCUUCUUGGACACUGGUUAUAUGGAAGGGUUCUAAAUAGGAACAGUAGAAGAAGGAGCAAGUUUCACUAUUGGGUUGCUGCUGCCCAUACCAUCUUCAAGAAUGCACCACGACAUGACAGGACCUUCACUGUUCUGAUCCAAACAAGAGAAAGCUUUAGUGGGAACAGAUGGCACCACUAUCAGAGGAGCUGGAACAAUUUCACUAAUAUGGGUGCUGAAAGCCAUUGAAUCAAACUGUUAGCUCUGUAUAUAAUGGAAAUCACUUCAACCCCCAGCGGUGCUGCAUCCCUACUUCUAGCAUUUAUAAUCUAUGAUAAUAUAUGCUCACCUCCAUCCUCCUCUUCCCCACCUCAGAACUGGCCAACUCAUGAACACCUAAGAUACCAGUCUUUGGUUCUGGCCAUCAUACCUUUCCUACUAUAUCAUGUUUUUCCCACCUUACUUUCCCUUUUUUUUAAAUUUCUUGUCUUUUGUCUAAUGAGACUGGCUCAAGCACGGCAACACAAUUUUGAAACUCUGACACUCUGUGAACAAGAAAGGCAAACUAAAAACAACAACUUGAACAUCCCAGUGCUGGUAAGAUUGCCAGAUCUCAGAGUGGCAAUAAGACCAUGUGCUGUGUGUUUCCCCAGCAGCGAUGUUGCAAUUGAAAGUCAUUACCAGAGAGAAAAGCUACAUUUUUUUUUAUCUAUACAAUUCUUUAUCUCCUUGUGUAUGUGUGUUCACCAUGUUUUCCCUUAAAGCAAUCAGGACCAUAUCUGAACAACAUAGCAGCAGCUCAAGGAUCAACUAAGUAACUUUUUGCUCAUUUCCUCACAAAAAAGUGCAGCUAAUACAAUCUUUAAUGCUAUCUAAAAGAUGAUCAAGCAAAGAUUUCCAACAGCUGAGAUUUCCAAAAGACACUAAACAGCUGAAGGGAAUUGAAACAAGGAAAACUGUUACAAAGAAAGACUUACUUCAUUGCUUAAGUUGUAAAUGCUUUCACUGUUUUUUUCCCUGUCCUUUUAUUAAAAAGUUAAAAAACAUGAUUAAUAGUAAUUGUUAAAAUGUCAGUAAAGUCAGCAAAAACUUGUCACAAAACCGCAUUUAAAUGUUUAAUGUUGUAACAGGAAACAUGGGUUUUAUUAACAUCUUAUACCUGAUGGCUGUAAGGCCCACCAUUACCACGACAGAUUCCAUAAUCUAAUGUCUAUCUUUCUACUUAUGGCAUGAAUUUGGUCUAAUUUUAGAGUGCAAGACUCUUAGAUCAAGGCAUCAUAUAUAUAGUAGCCCAAUGUCUGUGACCCUGUAACACUG